AUGCUUGCAUCCACAUUACGUGCUUCCUUAAGAGCAAGAGCUAUUCCCAGUGUUUCUCGUUUCGCUGGUUUCAGAGCUGUGAGAAACUACUCUGACCAUCACCUGGAAACUUUUGAAGAAUUCACUGCUAGAUUUGAAAAGGACUUCCAAGAAGCCCCAGAUUUGUUUGAAGUCCAAAGAUUGUUAAACAAUGCCUUCGCCUACGAUUUAGUUCCAGCUCCUGCUGUCAUUGAACAAGCUUUGUUGGCCUGCAGAAGAGUUAACGACUACCCUACUGCCGUUAGAACAUUCGAAGCCUUGAAGUAUAAGGUUGAAAAUAAGGAACAAUACGCUGCUUAUUUGGAAGAAUUGAAGGACAUUAGAAAGGAAUUGGGCAUUGAUUUGAAGGAAGAAUUGUAUCCUGAAGCAUGA